AUGUUGCUGCAAAUCCGAUUGGGUGGCCGGCAUACACCCCUGCAAAUCGCCGCUGCAAUGCUGCCUCUCAAGGACAUAUGUACGAUCCACAAACUCAGCAAACGGGUUGUCUACGUCGGUGCUCAGAAUCGACUGAGCCUGGAUCUGAGAAAUCGGCCGCAACUUGCAGGGGAAAGAGUUAUCUAUGAUGUUAUCGCGGCCGGCAGCCAACCUCCGACAGUGGAGAUCCACUUUUACUACGACUGUCGCCAACUGACUGGCAAACCCGACGCGGAAAGAAGCCGCUGGCAUGGCUUGGUUCGUAAAAGAACCAAUGAGAACCAUGGGAUCUUAUCCCUGUGCAGUGGGCCAUAUGGCAGGAAUGCUGGGUCUCGGUCGUCUCUGCUCGGCGGUGCCUCCGAUCCCCUAUGA